AUGGGUCUGUUCAAGAAGAAGAAGGAUGACUCGUCUUCGGAGGGCUCCACAAAAAAAGUCGAGGACCCACCACCGCCUAAGAUCUCAAUCUUCCAACUCUUCCGUUACACCAGCACACUGGAUCGAAUCAUGUUGAUAGUCGGAAUCAUUGUGUCAUGUGCAACCGGUCUAGGUCUCCCGCUAAUGUCUAUUAUUAUGGGUAACGUCUCUCAAAACUUCGUAGAAAUCGGCACGAUCCUUCUGAACUCCACUGAUCCCGCUGUCGUCAAGAAGGCCAAAGACGACUUCUCCCACGAUGUCAUCCAAAAUUGUCUGCAAUACGUGUAUCUUGGCGCCGGAAUCUUCGCCGCCGGCUUCAUCCAAGCUUCCUGUUUCCUGGUGAUCUGUGAGAAUCUGUCAAAUAGAUUCCGUCGAGAAUUCUUCUACUCAGUGAUGCGCCAUGAGAUAGCGUGGUAUGAUAAGAAUACAUCAGGAACGUUAUCGAACAAACUUUUUGACAAUCUGGAAAGAGUGCGUGAAGGUACUGGAGACAAAGUCGGUCUGGCGUUCCAGAUGAUGGCUCAGUUCAUCGGAGGAUUCGCGGUAGCCUUCACCUACGACUGGCUUCUCACUCUUAUCAUGAUGUCUUUAUCCCCAUUCAUGAUGAUUUGCGGGUUGUUCCUUGCUAAACUACUGGCAACCGCUGCUACCAAAGAAGCUAAGCAGUACGCCGUCGCUGGAGGAAUCGCUGAGGAAGUGCUGACCUCUAUCCGGACAGUGAUAGCGUUCAAUGGUCAGGAGUACGAGUGCAAGAGGUAUGAGGAUGCCUUGGCGCAUGGUAAGAAGACAGGAAUCAAGAAGUCGUUCUUGAUCGGCGCCGGUCUCGCCUCGUUCUUCGUCAUCAUCUACGCCUCCUACUGCUUGGCGUUCUGGGUGGGAACCAACUAUGUGUACAGUGGAAGGCUUCAAAGUGGAACAGUACUUACCGUCUUCUUCUCUGUUAUGAUGGGAUCCAUGGCGUUGGGACAAGCCGGACAGCAGUUCGCUACCAUUGGAACGGCUCUUGGUGCAGCGGCUUCUCUCUACGAAGUUAUUGACAGAGUUCCGGAAAUCGAUGCGUAUUCUGAGAGAGGAGUGACUCCGGAGAAGGUUUCUGGAAGGAUUAAGAUCCAAAACCUGGAAUUCACUUAUCCCACUCGUCCGGAUGUUCAGAUUCUGAAGGAUGUAUCGUUGGAAGCUCAACCAGGGCAGACGAUAGCGUUGGUAGGAUCCUCUGGAUGUGGAAAGUCUACAAUUAUUCAACUUCUUCAAAGAUUCUAUAACCCAGAUGCCGGAAAGAUUUAUAUCGAUGAUAUCGCUAUUGAGGACUUUAAUAUCAAGUAUCUCAGACAGCUCGUAGGAGUAGUAUCCCAGGAACCAAAUCUUUUCAACACAUCCAUCGAGCAGAAUAUCAGAUAUGGAAGGGCUGAUGUUGACUCGGAAGCGAUCAACAGAGCAUUGAAGGAAGCUAAUGCAUACGACUUUAUCAAGACAUUCCCAGAAGGUCUGAACACGUUGGUUGGAGAUCGUGGAGUCCAGAUGUCCGGAGGUCAGAAGCAGCGUAUCGCUAUUGCGAGAGCCCUGGUGAGAAACCCCAAGAUUCUGUUGUUGGAUGAAGCUACAAGUGCCCUGGACGCAGAAUCGGAGAGUGUUGUGCAAGCAGCCUUGGAGAAUGCGUCGCGUGGCAGGACUACUAUAGUCAUCGCCCAUCGAUUGUCCACAGUUCGGAAUGCUGACAAGAUUAUUGUGAUGAAAGGUGGAAAGAUUAUGGAAGUAGGAACACACGACACUUUAAUCGAGCAGAAGGGUCUCUACCAUGAACUUGUGCACGCUCAAGUCUUUGCUGAUGUCGAAGACAAGCCGAUGAAAAAGAAGGAGGUGGAACGAAGAAUGUCUAGACAGACAUCUGAAAGAAAGGGGUCAGUCCUCAAAACUCAGGAAUCUCAAGUGGAAGGCCCUCCACCUGCCCCUGAACCCGCUGAGAAGGAAAUCAAGCGCCUGAAAAAAGAGCUCGAGGAGGAAGGAGCCGUGAAAGCCAACCUUUUCAAAAUUCUCAAGUACGCCCGACCGGAAUGGAUCUACAUCUUCUUCGCCAUCAUCGCCGCUCUCAUCCAAGGAGCCGUCAUGCCAGCGUUCUCCCUAUUCUUCUCCCAGAUCAUCAAUGUCUUCUCAAAUCCCGACAGAGAGCAAAUGAAAAAAGAUGGACACUUUUGGGCGCUCAUGUUCUUGGUUCUUGCAGCGAUUCAAGGAACAUCAAUGUUAUUCCAGUGCGCCUUUUUCGGAGUGGCCGCCGAGGGACUCACCAUGAGAGUCAGAAGCAAAGUCUACAGAAAUGUGUUGAGACAAGAUGCUACUUACUUCGAUAUGCCAAAACACUCCCCAGGACGUAUCACGACUCGUCUGGCUACUGAUGCUCCAAAUGUGAAAUCUGCAAUCGACUACCGUCUGGGCUCAGUCUUCAACGCCAUCGCUUCAAUCGGAGGAGGUCUCGGAAUCGCUUUCUACUAUGGCUGGCAAAUGGCUCUACUCGUCAUGGCUAUUUUCCCAUUCAUGGCUGUCGGUCAGGCACUUGUUAUCAAGUAUCAUGGAGGAACCGCUACAAGUGACGCGAAGGAGAUGGAGAACUCUGGAAAGACUGCGAUGGAAGCUAUUGAGAAUAUCCGGACGGUGCAAGCUCUGACACUCCAGACCAAGCUCUAUAACAUUUUCUGCUCCCAUCUAGACUCCCCACAUAAUGGAAAUGUGUCAAAAGCAGUCAUCCGUGGUAUAACCUAUGGAUUCGCGAAUUCUAUUCAAUUCUUCACCUAUGCUGCUGCCUUCCGGUUCGGACUCUUCCUGAUCUUUGACAAUAAUGUCCACAUGUCCCCGGAGAACGUGCUACGUGUCUUGUUCGCCAUCUCAUUUUCCUUCGGUACCAUUGGAUUCGCCGCCUCCUACUUCCCAGAAUACAUCAAAGCCACUUUCGCAGCAGGACUUAUCUUCAACAUGUUGGAGGAGGAGCCACGAAUCGAUGGGAUGACUCCAAACGGUACCCGUCCCCAGUUGAGUGGAGAAGUCAAACUGAACAAGGUGUUCUUCCGUUAUCCAGAACGUCCCGGAGUACCAAUUCUUCAAGGAUUAAAUGUCCACGUGAAGCCUGGACAGACGCUGGCGUUGGUUGGACCGAGUGGAUGUGGAAAGAGUACUGUAAUCUCACUACUGGAACGACUCUAUGACCCAUUGGAUGGCGCCGUUACAGUAGACAAUAACGAUUUGAGACAGAUGAACCCGAAGCAUUUGAGAAAACACAUCGCCUUGGUGUCCCAGGAACCAAUCUUGUUUGACACCUCGAUCCGGGAGAAUAUCGUCUAUGGACUGCAACCUGGAGAGUACACCGAGGCCGAGAUCUCCAUCGCUUGUCAGAAAGCCAACAUCCACAACUUCAUCUCAGAACUGCCAGAUGGCUACGAGACACGAGUCGGAGAGAAGGGAACUCAGCUCUCCGGAGGUCAGAAGCAACGUAUCGCCAUCGCCCGUGCUCUCAUCAGAAAUCCCAAGAUUCUGUUGUUGGAUGAGGCGACGAGUGCGUUGGAUACAGAAUCCGAGAAGCAGGUGCAGGUGGCGUUGGAUGCUGCGGCGAAGGAUAGGACGUGUAUUGUGGUGGCGCAUCGGCUGUCGACUAUUGUGAAUGCCGGGUGUAUUAUGGUGGUGAAGAAUGGACAGGUUGUGGAGCAAGGAACCCACAACGAACUAAUGGCAAAACGUGGCGCCUACUUUGCCCUGACCCAAAAGCAGUCUUCCAAUCAAGCCGGUGGUCAAUUCGAUACCGGAAUGGCUGUGGAGGACGAUGAUGAUGACAAUGUCAAGUUCUAA